CCAUGGCGUCGUUGCUGGGAAGGAUACCCGUGUCUUGUGUUGUCGCGGAGUUUGUGGGAGUUUUUCUCUUCCAGUUCAUCGGAGGAGGAGCAGACGCGAACUCGAUCUCGACAGGCCUGGCUACGGCAGCCAUUGGCAAUGGGCUUGCCUUCAUCGUGCUGGUCUACGCGACCUCAGGCACGAGCGGGGGACAUCUGAAUCCAGCCAUCUCUACAGCCUUUGUAGUGACUGGAAGGCUGGGGAGGAGGAGAUAUUUCAUCUACAUUGCAGCUCAGGUUCUUGGCGCAAUCUUUGGAGCUCUUGCUCUCAAGCUGGCUCUGCCUCCUGCCAUGGACGAGACUCCUUUCAUCACCACGGGGUCGUUGACCUUCACCCAUCCGUUCCAGGUCUUCUUCCUUGAAUUCUUGUGCACCUUCACCCUCGUCUUUUCUGUUUUUGCAACUGCAGUCGACAAGGCAGGAGUCGCUAAGAACGCAUCGCCGAUCGCCAUCGGGCUCGCCAUCAUCGUUGGAACCUUCGCCGAAGGUCCCUUCACCGGAGGGAGCAUGAACCCAGCAAGGACACUGGGUCCUGCUUUCGCGUUCGGUAUGUUCAGGCAUGUCUGGGUUUACGUGCUCGCCACCAUGGCAGGGGGAGCAUGUGCAGGGUUGUUGUACGACAAGGUUUUCCUUAGCGAAUCCCAGGAUGUGGGCGACAUUUUCAAGGAUGGAUAA